AUGGACUACGACGCGCUCAAGGAGCAAUGGUCCGAAAUCGAAGACCGCGAUGGCAUCAGACUAUCGUGGAACACCUUCCCUUCCACUCGCAUGGAAGCCAGCCGGCUGAUCGUGCCCAUUGGAGCCAACUACACCCCGCUGAAGGAGAAGCAAGACGGCACACCAUUGCUGCAGUAUGAGCCGGUAACUUGCAAGAACCCAUGUCGGGCGGUUCUCAACCCAUACUGCCAGGUGGACAUGCGUGCGCGGAUAUGGAUCUGCCCUUUCUGUCUACAGCGCAACAACCUCCCUCCACACUACAAGGACAUCUCAGAGCAGCAGAUACCGCCAGAGCUGCACCGUGACAGCACGACGAUCGAAUACAGACUUGCGAGACCUGCGCCUACACCGCCAAUCUUCCUGUUCGUGGUGGACACUUGUCAGGAGGAGGAUUCGCUCAAGGCGCUCAAGGACAGCAUUAUCAUGGCCCUGGGCCUCCUACCGCCGCAUGCGUUGGUUGGGCUGAUCACAUACGGGACAAUGGCGCAGGUACAUGAGCUGGGCUACACCGAAUGUGCGAAGUCGUACGUCUUCCGCGGCAACAAGGAGUACGCGGCAAAGCAGGUCCAGGAGAUGUUGGGAUUGGCAAUGGCGCCAGGUGGUCGCCCAGGCAUGCAACAGAUGGCACCUCAGCCCGGAAGGCCUGCUCAGCCGCCACCAAUGGGAGCAUCAGCGCGAUUCCUGCUCCCAGUGCAGCAAUGCGAAUUCCAGCUCACGAAUGUGCUUGAAAGCCUGCAGAAGGACCCAUGGCCAGUCGCGAACGACAAGCGUGCUGUGCGAUGCACUGGUGUAGCUCUCUCGGUCGCUACGGGUUUACUUGAGACCAGCUUCCAGAAUGCUGGCGCGCGUAUCAUGCUGUUCACUGGCGGUCCGGCGACGGAAGGACCAGGCAUGGUUGUCAGCCCAGAGCUCAAAGAGCAGAUUCGCUCACAUCACGAUAUCGACCGGGACAAUAUCAAGUACUACAAGAAGGCCUUGAAGUUCUACGACCAGCUCGCGAAGCGGACAGCGCACAAUGGCCACAUCAUCGACAUUUUUGCUGGUUGUUUAGAUCAGGUCGGUCUGCUUGAGAUGAAGGGUCUGCCCAAUAGCACUGGUGGCCACAUGAUUCUCACGGACUCAUUCACUGCAUCGAUGUACAAGCAAUCAUUCGCCAAGAUCUUCGAUACCGACGCUGAUGGCAACCUUGCAAUGGGCUUCAACGCGAGUUUGGAGGUGCUGACAACGAAGGAGCUGAAAGUCACUGGGCUCAUCGGACAUGCUGUCUCGCUCAACAAGAAGUCAGCUUCGGUUGGCGAGACUGAGUGCGGUAUCGGCAACACUUGCAGCUGGAAGAUGUGCGGGAUUGACCCUGCUGCAUCGUACGGCGUCUACUUCGAGAUCGCUGGCCAGGGCGGCCCGCAAGCAGCAGCCAUGUCGCAGGGCCCACAGAAAGGCUUGAUCCAGUUCCUGACAUACUACCAGCACAGCGGCGGCCAAUUCCACCUGCGAGUCACUACUGUCGCGCGAGACAUGUCUGGUCCUUCUGGCGACCCCGCCAUUGCUCGAUCGUUCGACCAGGAAGCCGCGGCAGUGCUCAUGUCCCGAAUUGCAGUAUUUAAGGCCGAAGUCGAUGAUGGCCCAGACGUCCUCCGCUGGGUGGACAGGAUGUUGAUCCGGUUGUGCCAGCGCUUUGCGGAGUACAGGAAAGACGACCCGACAUCGUUCCGACUGGAAAGGAACUUCACCCUAUACCCACAAUUCAUGUUCCAUCUUCGACGGUCACAGUUCUUGCAGGUCUUCAACAAUUCGCCUGACGAAACUGCUUUCUACCGGCAUGUGCUCAAUCAUGAAGAUGUCUCGAACAGCUUGGUCAUGAUCCAGCCAACGCUCGACAGCUACACUUUCGACCAAGACGGAGCUGUGCCUGUCCUUCUCGACUCCACCUCCAUCCAGCCUCAGACCAUCCUCCUUCUCGACACCUUCUUCCACAUCCUCAUCUUCCACGGCGAGACCAUGGCGGAGUGGCGAAAAGCUGGCUACCAGGACAUGGAAGGCUACGAGAACUUCAAGGAGCUGCUUGAGUCGCCCAAAGAAGAUGCUCGCGAACUCAUCCAAGACCGCUUCCCCCUCCCCCGCUUCAUCGUCUGCGACGCCGGCGGCUCGCAAGCCCGUUUCCUGCUCGCCAAGCUCAACCCAUCGACCACGCAUACGACCGGCAGCUAUGGUGGUGUAGCACAGACGGCGCAGACGAUUUUCACGGACGAUGUGAGUUUGCAGACUUUUAUGGAUCAUUUGAUGAAGCUUGCUGUUAGCGGGACGAGCUGA